CUGAGGCAGAUCAGUCACCAGCGGAGACCAAGACGGUGGAUGAACGGAGCCGAGCGUGUGUGUUUCCCUCGUCGUUUUUUACAGCAGCUGAAAGCCCGAAACCCUGCCCGAAAAUGAUGCUCAAACUCGUCCAUCUCCUCGGGGUGCUCGUCUGCGGCGCUCAAGCUGCACUGCAGGUGUCCAUAUCCUUGAACAAAGUGGAGUUAAGUGUCGGAGAGUCCAAGUUCUUCAUCUGCACAGCGAUUGGCGAGCCAGUGCGGCUGGAGUGGUACAACCCCCAGGGCGAGCGCAUCCUGCCCUCCAAGCGGAUGGCGCUCCACUCGGAGAUGUCACGAUCCAGGCUCAUCAUCUACAACGCCAUCAUCGAGGACGCGGGUAUCUACCGCUGCCAGGCCACCGACGGCAGCGGCCACACUGAGGAGGCCUCGGUUGUGCUGGAGAUCUACCAGAGGCUGACGUUUCGGGAUGUUCAGACACCGCAGGAGUUCCGCCACGGUGAGACGGCGGAGGUGGUCUGCGAUGUCAUUAGCUCCCCGGUGCCCGUGGUGGUGUGGUACUACCAGGACGAAGAGAUCACCGAGGAGCAACACAGCAGGUUCACGGUGCUGCCAAACAACAACCUGCAGAUCCAUCAGGUGACCAAGGCUGACGAGGAUGUGUACCGCUGCGAGGCCAGCGUAGAGGCCCGCGGCGAGAUCAAUUUUGUGGACAUCGCUGUGGUAGUCAACGUCCCUCCGGUGUUGUCAAUGUUCCAGCAGUCCUUCAAUGCCACAGCUGACUACCAGGAAUCAGUCACCUUUAACUGCAUGACCUCCGGAUCUCCUGACCCUGUGGUCACAUGGCACAGGAAAGGGCAGGAGCUGGAGCAAUCUGAGCAGUAUAUUAUCAUCAGGCUGGACGGAGGGCGAAGCAUGCUAACCGUCCGCAACAUCCGACAGGUCGACGGGGGCUCCUACACUUGCAAGGCCACCAACAAGGCAGGAUCUCAGGCGAGAGAGAUCUUCCUCAAAGUGUUUGUCCAGCCCCAUAUCACCCAGCUGAAAAACGUGACAGCCGUAGAGGGCAGCGCCGCCAUGAUCUCCUGCGUGGCUGAGGGCGAGCCUCUGCCCGACAUUUCCUGGAGGAGAGCCAGCGACGGCCAGACCUUCGUUGACGGAGACAAGAGUCAGGACGGACGCUUCGAAGUCCGCGGACGCCACGGCAAGUCGGUGUUGACCAUCAGCGGCGUGAGACUCGCGGACCUGGGUCGGUUUGACUGCGAGGCCCUGAGCAGGAUCGGAGGUCAUCAGAAGAGCAUAUUCCUCGACAUUGAGUAUAUACCAAAGUUCCUGACCAACCACACCAUCUAUUACUCGUGGGAGGGGAACCCAGUGAACUUAAGCUGUGAUGUGAUGUCCAACCCUCCUGCCACCAUGCUGUGGAGGAGAGUGCGUCUUACCAUCUCUGUGGAGGGAACCGCCAACACGCAUGUGUACAGCGCCGACGGCAAGUCCGUGCUGGAGGUGACUCCAAUGUCCGACAAGGACUUUGGCCGCUACAACUGCACAGCCAGGAACAACAUCGGAGUUCAAUACAAGGAGUUUAUUUUGGCCCAGGCAGAUGUUCCGUCAAAUCCAUACUCGCUGCGUCUCUCAGCCGUUUCUCAGCGCCUGGCGACCGUCGCCUUCAUGAAGCCCGACUCGCAUGGCGGCGUACCCAUCAGCUACUUCCUGGUCCAGUACAAGGAGGUCGGCUCACAGGAAUGGAAGGACGUCAAGUCCCACAGCAUCCAGACGACCGUGGUGCUGACGGGGCUGGAGCCCAACACGACGUACGAGGUUCGAGUGGCAGCUGUCAACGGAAAGGGUCAAGGAGAGUUCAGCCACACGGAGAGUUUCCAGACUAUACCCAUCAGAGAGCCGAGUCCGCCGGCGGUCCACGGGCAGAGAGGAAUCGGCAAGACCUACAGGCUGGGGCUGGUCAAGCAGGACGACGGAGGGAUGCCCGUCGUGGAGUAUAUAGUCAAGUACAAGACUUCCUCUCAGGAUAAAGAGGAACAGUGGAUGACCAAGCUAGUGCCAGGAGCCAACGACUUUGCGAUGCUGCAGCCGCUGCAGUGGAACACAAGAUAUGAAGUGGAAAUCACAGCUCGCAACGUCAAGGGCCUGUCAGAGCCCACCUUCUAUCAGUUCUUCAUGCCACAGAAACCUGACAUUACAGCAGAAUCCCUGUUCAGCGGCCUGGGGCUGGGGAUGGUGGUGUGCCUGGGCCUGGGAGCGCUGCUGCUGCUCCUCGUGCUGGUGGAUGUCAGCUGCUUCUUCCUGCGUCACUGCGGCCUGCUGAUGUGCAUCACGCGCACGCUGUGCAGCAAGAAAACCACCACGAGCGGCAAGGGCAAAGAUAUAGAAGAGGGCAAGGCCGCCUACCUGUCUGCAUGCAAAGUGACACUGCCUGUGGGGAUACGACUGAACCUAACAAACCAGAGUGAAGCUCCCGCUGAAGGAAGAAAAUGGAAAAGAGUCUCUCAAGCCGGAUAUGAUUGAAAUCAAAGUGCACAGUGACAACAGCAUCCACACAAAGCCCUUCAUCAGCAAAGCCUAAAAAAAAGGGUCGCCUCGCCACCAAUAGAACAUUCGGAUCACGAGACCAAAACCCAGAGAAACCACAGCACUGGAAAAUACCACAUCUGUUUAUAACAAUGCCCCAGUGACAGGCAUGUGUACAUACAAAUAAUAGGGAGAAAAUAGAGAGAAAGGGUCAACCUUUUAGACACCCAGAGUGAUAAAUGUAUCAUGUUCUUAACAAACAUGGCAUUAGUGGAAGGCUCUUGUUGAUCAAUGAUUGUAUUUUCUUUAUUUUUUUUGUCCCACUUUGGUUCAUAACUUUUGAUUUACAACCUACAUCGGACUUUCGUGCAGUUAUAUAAUGAUACAUCAGCCCCCACUCGGACUGAAGCAUUGCCGCUUCAAGCUAGCUGACUUCAGUUGUGUUGCUUCAGGAGAGCGAGAGGCAUUCGCUCCCGCUAACAUUUCAAGAUAUAAAAAUUGUAACAAACAGGAUUUGUUGAUUCAUUAUGAAGAGGGAUUUGAUAUUUUGAUGAAUAAUGCUUUCUGGAGGGCUACUGUGGAUCAUGGUUUGUGUUGCAGGAAGUAUACAGCAUAAUACCACACAUGUGCAUUGAUGCCAUUGUUAGUGACUUCUUUUAUAUUAACUCUAAAUAUUGUUGACGCUCAUUCUCUAACAGUAUGUGCAUAAGUAUGUUUUAUUCAUCUGUGUUCAAACUGCAUUAUGCUGAUGUGCGCUGUGGUGUGCAGCUUGAGUAAUGAAAAAACUAGAUGUGUUAAAGGCCACAAAUGCCCUGAGUGGUGUCAUGUAAUUGUUGCUAUGUGAAUAGUGGGACUCAAGGCAUGGGACCAACCGAGUUAAGGUCUGCUGAUGAGAAAUAAAUCAAUAUGUGUAUCAUGUAUGUUUUUAAUGUUACCUUUCUUUAUUCAUCGUGGUCUCAGAUCGGCCUCUGAUGCAUUUGUUUUUCUCAAAACCUUGUUUGGUUUCCUGGUCUGAUUGCUAUUCUCUCUGAUGUUGUCAUGUGUUGUACAUAGGUGAAAAAAAAAAGAAUAUUUUACAGAGCUUUUAUGUAAAUAUACCCUAAAGGAUGUGUCUUUUUUCAAAAUGCAAGAGGCUUGGCUUUUUUGGCUGCUAAAGCUAAAGCUGUUAGGUCUUUUUUCUUUUGUUUUUUUUCUUCUUCUGUUGUGUUUUAGUCCAAAGUUCGGUGAUGGUGUAAUACUGCUUUUUCUAGUCAUUUGCUUUCCCUCAAGAAAAUCCAUGCCCUAAGGCUAUUUCACGGUGUUUCAAUGGAGACGGUAAUUACGGCAUUAGUGUGCCUUCUCUCUUUUUUCCUCCCCCCUUGUGGCCCAAUGCCGCUGUAGCAGUGGAGACCUUCAGAUGAUUUUUGAUCGUGCUGCUUUUUUUCGCCACAGAAUGUGUCGGAAGAUUGAGUUUUUAUCGUGGUGCUGUGAAUUCUGGGAAAUGCAGUCUUAGGAUUGUGGAUUGUAGUCGACAGCACUGGACAGAAACAGACGUGUGUAACUACCUAGUGCGACUAGAUGUCAGGUUGAAGCUGUAACUCUGGAGUGAUGGGCUGCAGAAAUCUGGUUUUAAUGCAGCGUGUGUGUGUGUGUGUGUGUGUGUGUGUGUGUGUGUGUGUGUGUGUGUGCAUACAUGCAUGAGUGAGUGAAUAUUGUCAUCAGGUUGCAUGUAUGUCUGUUGAAUGUAUCUGCACAUACUGUAAGUCAAUCUAGAUAUUUCACAAUAACAGUCUCACAAUUUGAAAUAAUACCUGAAAUUUAAGAUUCAAUCUUAAGCUAUUCUGCCAUUUAUUUUGUUGUAAUUUAUUUGUUAGCUUAAUUAUCUAUUUAUAUUAGAUACAAAGUGUAAUAUUGAGUACACUUUUCAGUCUCAUGAUGCAGCUCUGCGAGUCUUAUUCAGUACGUUAUGGGUGACCACGUGCCAAGUAUGAAUGUCCGAGUGCUGUGAGUGUGUUCCUCUUUGAGUUGGUGAGAGCUCUCACCCUGAGUUUCAGAGUGCGCUCUGAUAGGUACAAACUGAUUAUGUAGUUCUCGACAGUGAUUAAUUCCCCAGGCUGCAGCAGUCCACGCAUUUGUCUGCGAGCCCCACCUGCAGCCGCCCCUGCCCCCCCCCCUCGCCACCAUUCCCUAUCAUUCGUUUUUAUCUCAGACCUCAUAGCACCGGCUUUGUUUUCCCCCAGUGAGCCCUUGUACCUGCAUAUCUCAAAUGGAUGGUCCAACCAUGGAGUGGUUCCGCUGCCUGUUACGAUGACUGUAAAUAUGGGAGCACAGUGCCUGGAGGCUAUACGAUUUGUACAUGUUAUUUUGUAUUUGAAUAUGAGUCUAAAUACACAACCUCUGCCCUUCUUAUCCUCUCCUUCUCCCCCUCUUGUCCUCUCUGUCUCCUCCUCCUCCAUGCCUCUGUCCUUUUUCUGUAGGGGGUAAAACAGGUGUGCUUGAGCUCAGUGUACAGUGUGUGUCCUCUUUGUCCCCAUGCUCCCUUGUCCCUUGGACUGUCCCUGCUGAGUGUGCUUUGUGCAGGACGUGGGAACUAUUGAUGUCUCUCUGUACGUACCUGUGGAACACUUGUGACUCCUGUCAUUUGCAGCUGUAAAUAAACAUGUCCUGGUAGAAGAGA